AUGAACGGCGCAACCGCUGCGAACGGCAAGGCGCCGACGAAUGAUUUCAAGACAAACGGCAAUGGCAGCGGUCGAAGGGACCCGGAUGAGCCGCUCAUCAAAGUCCAGCCGCCACGCCGUGAAGACCUGCAACCAUCGUAUGCGCAAAUGAUCCAGGCAGACACCGAGGACGCCGCGCAACAUGGCUGGUACGGAUCCAUGAUCAACAGCCUAGGCACCCUCAUUGGUACCUGUGGCGCCAUUCCCUGCUGCAUCGUCUGCCCCAACCCGUACAAGCCGGUCGCACAAGGAAACGUCGGUCUCGUAACCAAGUUUGGCCGCUUCGCGCGUGCCGUCGAUCCAGGUCUCGUCAAGAUCAACCCACUAUCCGAGCAGCUCAUCCAGGUCGACGUCAAGAUCCAAAUUGUUGAGGUUCCCAAGCAAGUCUGCAUGACCAAGGACAACGUCAACCUCACACUCACUUCCGUCAUCUACUACCAUAUCACCUCGCCUCACAAAGCCGCCUUCGGCAUUUCCAACAUCCGCACUGCCCUAGUGGAGCGCACCCAGACCACCCUCCGCCACGUCAUCGGCGCCCGCGUGUUGCAGGAUGUCAUCGAGCGCCGCGAAGAGAUCGCCCAGUCCAUCCGUGAAAUCAUUGACGAGACCGCCGCCGGGUGGGGCGUGCAAGUUGAGAGCAUGCUGGUCAAAGACAUCAUCUUCUCGCAAGAGCUACAAGACAGCUUGUCCAUGGCCGCGCAGAGCAAGCGGACGGGUGAGGCCAAGGUCAUCAGUGCGCGGGCUGAGGUCGAGAGUGCCAAACUCAUGAGGCAGGCGGCCGAUAUCUUGAGCAGUGCGCCGGCGAUGCAGAUCCGCUAUCUGGAAGCUAUGCAGGCGAUGGCGAAAACGGCCAACAGCAAGGUCAUCUUCCUGCCCGCGCAGAACCAGACCGUGCAGUCGCAGCUCGCGAUGGCGGAGCAGCAUGGCGAGGGUCCGAGCAGUUAUGCCAACUACGGCCAACCUGGCGGCUUGCACAGCACCGGCGGUAACGGCGGUAUGGGCGAGUACGGUGGCAACACGCAGGGCUUCCAGAAUGCGGUCAAUGCUCGCGUGGUGGAGAACAUGUGA